AUGGCUACCAGCACAACCCAAGAAUCCUUCUCUUCAAAGCAAUCGAUUUACGACGUGUUUUUGAGCUUCAGAGGUGAAGACACUCGCAAAAACUUCACAGGCCAUCUCUACAUGGCAUUAAAAGAGGCCGGAAUCAAUGCCUUCAUUGACGACAAUGAACUGAGGAGAGGGGAAGAUAUAACAGCAGAACUGGUGCAGGCAAUCCAAGGGUCUAGAAUCUCUGUGAUCGUCUUCUCGAGGCGGUACGCGGAUUCCGGUUGGUGUCUUGAGGAGCUGGUCAAGAUCAUGGAGUGUAGAAGAACAGUGAGGCAAAUGGUUUUGCCAAUAUUCUAUGAUGUUGACCCUUCAGAUGUGAGAAAACAGAAUGGCUGUACUGAGUGGAGGUCUGCUCUCACUGAAGCAGCCAAUUUGUCUGGCUGGGAUCUUCGGAACACCGCAGAUGGGCAUGAAGCAAGGUUUAUCAGGAAAAUUAUUGCCGAGAUUACUAGACAGCUGAACAACGUGUACUUGUUCGUUGCUGUCUACCCAGUUGGAAUAAAUUCUCGAGUGGAAGAUAUGAGUUCUUACCUAGGUGUUGGAUCGAAUGACAUUCGCAUGGUUGGAAUUUUGGGGAUGGGAGGACUGGGUAAAACAACGAUUGCCAAAGCCAUCUAUAACCAAUUUUAUCAUAGCUUUGAAGGUAAAAGUUUCGUGGCAGAUGUUAGGGAAACGUCAAAGCAACCAAAUGGUCAGGUUCGUUUGCAAGAACAACUUCUAUCUGAUAUUUUGAAACCAGCCAAGAAGAUAAAGGUUGGAUGUGUUGAUAAAGGGAUCACUAUCAUAAAAGAAAGACUUGGAUGUAGAAAGGUACUUGUCAUAAUUGAUGAUGCAGAUCAAAUGGAGCAACUAAGGGCAAUAGCUGGAAAGCGUGACUGGUUUGGUUCAGGAAGUCGGAUUAUUAUAACAACAAGAGAUCAACAUUUGCUAAAGCAACUUGAAGUGGAUACAGUGUUUCUGGCUCCAGAAAUGAAUGAAGAAGAAGCUCUCGAGCUCUUCAGUUGGCAUGCCUUUAGAAAUAGUUAUCCUAAUGAAGGAUAUCUUGAUCUCUCAACAAGUGUAGUUUCUUACUGUGGAGGUUUGCCACUAGCACUUGAAGUUUUAGGCUCUUUUUUAUUUGGAAGAAGCAUACCAGAGUGGACAAGCGCAUAG